AUGAGAAGGCAGGUUCUUGAAUGUGAAGGCAAUGAAACUUCUGCAGCAGGAUGGGUAAAAUUUUUCCAAUCAGAAGAUUGCCCAUCUGCGGUAGGUAGGGAACCUCCUGGAAAUCCUCACGAAAGGGUAUCAAAUGCAAAUAUUGCGACUGCUGAUGGUUGUCCUGGAUCGUCAGUCGGAAGCUACCCCAACCUACUGAGCCAUAAAGGUGUCUCACACAUUCCUCAGAUUCCGUGGAGAACUCCUCCUCGAUUUGAUUUGAAGUUUAAAUGUCACGUGGCUGCUGGGGAAGAAAGUGAAGAAGUAGAGGUUCAAAAGCAUAGGGAAAUGAGAGUGCGUGAGGUAGUUUAUCCUCACUUUUCUGCUGUUCCUCCCAGCCCCUCGAUCUCAUCGGAUGUGGAAGCCGAACAUUUUGAUGAUUGGCAUACUCCGGUUAUUCCUGUCAUUGCAAUUGAAGAAGCAGCAGAAACGGACUGCCUGUAUAAUGAAACAGCAGCGCUCAACAUUUCCGCCAAGUCAGAACCAGCAAAUAUGUCCCAAAGCCCAUCAACUUCUGAAAUUUUUGACAUCCCUCAGAGCAAGUCUCUUCUUUCUCGAGAGCUAUCUAAAGGUAAAAAAUCUGAUCAUGCACCACUGCAAGAUCUAGAUGGCCCAAUGGUUGCAGCAGCAGCUGCCACAACUGCAAUCAUGAAAAGUAAAGAGCAUGGAAGUUUAAUAGGCCCAGAGUUGAUGAUAAAGCUUCUUAGCAACCCAAAAUUGGUACAGAAACUGAUUGAUGAACGAGGACUAGCUUCAGAUACUACAACUGGAACAUCUGGAUCAAGGAAGGCCGAGUCUUCAGUUCACCGUCCAAGCUCUCAAGGCAGCUUUCUGUUUGAGGAAGCUACCAUCGAAAGCUGCAAAUCUGACAGUCCCAGAACAGAGUUCAUCCACAGGUCGUCAAAGAUGAAAGGCUCACCAGCUGCCCCAAGUAGAAUUAGGGCUUACGUGGCCAGUACUAAAACUGGACCAUCAUCUGCAUGGGAUGAAGUAGAACAGUCACUUCAUUUUCAGAGCUCAACUCUUGUUUCAUUGGUCCAGAAGUCCACUACCAAAAAUACACGGCCAGGCAAUGCAGGAAUUGAGGCUCUACUAAGGCCAGGGAAUCAAUCAUUAGCUGCUAUGGCACAAAUUGGAACAGGUCUUGGACCAAAGCAAGUGACCACAUCAAUUUCAUUACUGAGAUCAAAGUCCGAUUUGCCAAGUCAGAACUCCAAUUGUGAAGUCUUUCAAAGAGCUGAUGUUGGAAAUAUGUCUCUGCUGAAAGCAUCAGAUGCCUUAUCAAGCUCAACUCCUGAUGUUUUGAGUAAGAAAUCCACUGGUAGAUAUAUUCAACUGGCCGAUAAUGGACAUAUGGCUGUACCAAGGCUAUUGAAACGAGCACCAUCCACCAAUAUUGAGAUUGGAGCAGGCUCUUGCUCAAAGACAGUGGCACCACCAGUUCCCUUGCUGAUCUCAAAUCCUGAUUUUCCAGGAACAGCUUUUGAGCCAAAGAAAGUGACACCAUCUGUUCCUUUGUCAAGCGCAUUGCCUGAUUUCAGCAAGAAAUCUUCUAGAGAACAUGGUCCACUUUUAUACACUAGCUUCCCUGAGCCUGCUGUAGAGAGGCAUUCCCAUACCUUUCCCCGAAUGCAAGCUGAAUCCUUGGUUGAUCGGUUGGAUACUGCAUAUAUAGCAGCACAUCUUGGAACUUCACCUCUCUCUGGAUCACUUGUGGAGGUAUAUCGCCUUAAGAAGUUGAUUGAAGAACAUGGGUCGCAUGAUUGUGCUGGAAAUGAUUAUGUUGGUAGAAUUCCUGCUCCAUCUUCUGUGCCUGGCGCAGAGCAUCCAUCUUUUCCUUUGGAGCCCUUGAGGAAAGAUAUCAGUUACUUCCAGUCCUUAAUCAAGCAAUACGGGGAAGAAAGAGGAAAUCAGGAUGAUGAGCUGUCUCUGUAUGGAAUAUCUUACAAUCACGUGCAAUCAAAGGAAGCAGAUCGAAAGUCUAAGAGAGCAUGUAAGUUCUAUAACAGUUCAAAGGGAUGCCGAAAUGGUUCCAGCUGCCCUUUCGAGCAUGAUGUACCUGGACGGUGGAGGACUGAUGUUGUGUUGGAGGCGCCUGGUGCAAAGAGGGUGAAGCUUGGUGGGAUUUUUACAGGGAGAACAUGAAGUACAAUGUUAUUUCUGCAUGGUGGUUAUCGUUUGUACAGCUCAAGGACCAUUCUGUUUAAUCUGGCAGUUAAUGUCAACCAUGGAGGUCCGAAAUAAAAUUUGUCAUAGUUUAGAAUUUUAGGAGAAACAUAUUUUGAAAUGUCCUCUGCAUCAGUGACGGAGCCAGGAUUUUUUUUUUG